CGUGUCCCCAUGGACCGCCAACAGCUUGCGGGGAAGGGUGCGAGCAAAUGGGGACCCGGAGAGCGGCCAGCCGCCUCUGGAACACCGCAAGGCCGCCGUCCGCUCCCCGCCCCGAGCCCUGCGGAGCACAAGGCAGCAGCGUUCCCCGCGAAGGACACCAGUCCCCGCAGGCCCCGCCCGCCCUGCCCCGGAUGCGGCCGCCCGGCGCCGCUUCCCCUUCCCGGGCCGCGGGCGGCCAUGGCGGCGGCCUGCAGUCCCGGCGGGGCGGGAGCGGCGGAGCAGGCGGCGGAGGGCGGGUUGCUGUAUGGCAGCAGGAACCUGUCUUCUCCCGGCAUUUACGUCCUGCAGCCGUGGAUCGUCAACCUGCUGGUGAACCACGAGCAGCCGGAGGGGAAGAAGUGGCUGACGGGGCAGGUGCUGCGGGUUUUGAGUGGCUCAAGUGCUCCUGGCCCAGGCGAAGUGCAGCAAGAUGCUGUCCUGCAAGUCUCAGACGGCUCCCACUACAUCCGAGUGGUCGUUACGGCAGAAGCUCUGCAGGCUGAAGAAAAUGCCCACAUGCAGCUCAUGCUUUCCAGCCUUAUUUGUAGACUGAUCGCCUUGCAGAAGUACACGUUGUGUUUCCGGGAGGAGGCCAAGCUGGAGGACUGCGAGUUUUAUCUCACCGCCCAGCGCUUCGUCGUGCUGCCCAUGGAGAGGCAGAGGAUGGAUUCGUCAAAUGUGAACCAGGAACCCUCCGUGCUACAGAAGAUAAAGGAGCUCUGGAUGAGGAAUCUCUCUGUGGGGACCACUCCUAGCUCAGAGUCAUCCCUCUCUCAGCUGUUAGAAGUGAUAGCCCAGGACCAGCUUGAGGUCUUGAAGGAAAACGCUGAGGAGUGCUUGGACUUGCAGGUGCCCAAAGAGACGCCAGCAACAGAGGCAGACAAGCUUCCUGUGACCCAGUGGGAGGCAGAGCUCCAGAAAGAGCCACGUGAGGACAUCUUCUUAGUCCCAGCCAACAUCCUGGUGAUCCCUGCUGAGGAGGUGGUGGUUGACUGCAGUGCUUCCCAGGCAGCUAUGUGUGGAGCAUCUCCUGAGAAGAGCAGCUACGAAACGAUGGUGCCAGGCGAUCAGAGUGCCAUAUCCCAGGCCAGGUCUGCAGAGUCAACGGGAUUGUCAGAGGACUCAGAGGCAUCGCUGGACAACCCUUGGAACAGGCUGCCCCCGGUGUCCUUGACCCUGUCCUCUUCAGAAGAGAAGUCCCAUCUGUGUAGCUCUCCACGCGCUCCAGAGGACCAGCAGGAGGUGGCUGCCGAUAGCAACACCCCUGACUUGCUGGAACCUUGUAGCCAUGACUCUCCCCAGGGCUUGCUGCAGGAUGACUCAGUGCAGACUUCAUCUCCCUCGCUGCUCGCCUCGUAUUGCAAUAUCAGCCCUGUGAAGGCUGACAUGACCCAGGCAACAUCAACUGCAGAUGCAGCCUGCUCUGCCUCCUGUGCUGCUCGAGUCCCACCGGUGCCAGAGGACUCUCAGGCCAAUGUGUCAUCAGUCUCUCCAGUUCUUCCUGUCCUGCCCAGCAGCCACUUGGCAUCCCAUGCUCCUCAUCAGGAGCAGGCGGACUCCAGCGGCACAGCUUUCCCUCUGUACAUGCAGAAGCAUCACCUGGGUGAUGCCGGAAGCAGGGGAGGAGAAUCCCCGAGGAAAACCAGAAGGUCUGUGGGUACCAAGAGGAAGCUGCUGGUGGGAGCUGGUCAGGCUCUGCCUCACGCGUGUCAGUUCCUCAGUGGACUGCAGCACAGAAAGCCUCCCCAGCGCACCUCUCAGGGCACGGGGAGAGAAGUGGGCAGGAAGCUGGAGUUCAUGAGCCCACAGAGAACAAAGAAGAGCAGAAGGGAGAUCAGGCUGCAGCGUGAAGAGGAAUCCUUAGAGGAGGAGUUGGAUGAAGAGGAGGAGUUGGAUGAAGAGGAGGAGUUGGACGAAGAGGAGGAGGAGGAAGAGGAGCAGUCAUCCUCAGUGAGCAGUCCCAGCUACCACCUGGAGCGGCACAGAGCUCUGCAGCCGUAUGUGAAUAAGAAUCCACCUCGCUACAAAUACGAGCCCCCCAGCCCUGAGCUCUGCAAGCAAAUACGAUCCAUCAGGCUCUCCAAGGCGAUGAUGAUGUGGGCGAGCUGGAUUGUCGCGGAAAAGGAUAUGGAGUUUUGAGAUGAGACCACAUGGUGCUCGUGUGUUCAUCUCCUUUCUUCAACCCAUUCAGCAACCUUCGUUUAAAGCUGCAUGGGCAGAGCAGAGAGAGGAGAGGGACCUGCACCCGUGUCCCUCAGUGGCUGCUGGGUGGUGGCUGGCCUGGCAUCAGAGACCUUGGCAGUAGCAAUGCUGGGGCCAUGACCUGGUAGAGGCCAGCACCCUCGGUUUUAAGAGGGGGAAUGCCACCUGUUUGGGGAUGCUACAGUGCAUGAGCUGGGCUCGUUCUUACCUCAGUGCUGUGCUGCACCCGUGGUCUUUUCAUUGCAGCCUGGAGCAAACAGCCCGCAAGGAGAGGGGACCUGUUCCCACUGUAGCAUGGGCAGCAGCCAUGUCAGAUGCAGCCACCAGGCCCUGGAACCUGAUCCCCUUCCUGAAGCCAGCACAGUGCUGGGACAUUUACUGGCUUGGUUUCGCUGGGUUCCACACUCUUUCUUACAAAAUAUCCUGCAAGGUUUGUGUUGUUAAAAUUAAAAGUCAUAUAUUUUUUAAA